GAGUUUGUUUGGUGGUUGAAAAUAGUGGUGGUGUGAAGGGCGACGAUGGUGGAAGUGGUGACGACGGCAGGGAGAUAAAGCACACCGCCUUCACCCUCUCUUUCACAUUCUUUCCUCCGAGCUUCGCUUGCAGCGGUGGUUUUGAGUUGUUGGUAGAUCUUGUUUUAUUUUUCCUUUGCAUCUCAUCCAAAGAGGGUACUCCCGCUCAAAAGCAGCCAAGUUCUGUCAGUGUUAAAAAACUGCAAAAGAUGUUUAAGAAGGCAACUGAUGAGAAUAUUCGUAGUAUUAAAGCUUAUGUCACUGAGCUGAAAGAACGUGUGGCGAAGCUACAAUACCAAAAACAGCUUCUUGUUUGCCAGGUGUUGGAGAUGGAGGCAAAUGAAGCUUCAAGUGAUGAGGUCGAGAUGAUUGAUCAGUCUCCCAUGUCAUGGAGCUUGGUAUUUGAGGAUCAGAGGAAGGAGAUUAUUAUGUUGUGGCAUUUGUGCCAUGUCUCGAUUGUUCACCGCACUCAAUUUUAUUUGCUAUUUAAAGGAGACCCUUCGGAUCAGAUAUAUGUGGAAGUCGAACUUAGAAGGUUAAAAUGGUUGGAGCAGCAUUUAGAUGACCUUGGUAAUGCCAGCCCCGCUCUCUUAGGUGAUGAUCCAGCGAGCUCAGUAUCCUCGAGCAUCAAGGCGCUUAAACAGGAGAGGGAAUAUCUAGCAAAGAGGGUGAGCUCGAAAUUAUCUGCAGAAGAGAGGGAGUUGCUUUAUUUGAAAUGGAAUAUUCCACCCGAAGGAAAACAAAAGAGGCGGCUGCAACUUGUAAAUAGACUGUGGACAGAUCCUCUGAAUAUGCAUCAUGUGCAAGAAAGCGCGGAAGUUGUUGCGAAGCUCGUUGGAUUCUGUGAGUCGGGGGAGCCCGUUUCUCGGGAAAUGUUUGAGCUCAACUUUGUUCCCCAUUGUGAUAAGAAGACAUGGAUGGGUUGGAAUUUGAUAUCUAAUCUUUUACAUUUGUAAGAAACAUUCUGUUUGUGUAAUUCUACAAUUUCUACUAGUCUUGAAUAGCUUAUGUUCAAUCAUUUUGGCUAUUUGAUCAUGUGAGAAUCAUAGGGGUUGAGUUGGGAUGAUGUAGUCCAGUGUGACUCAAGUUGACCUCGUUCUUCUAACUCACUUUCAACGAGUUGAUGUGACACAAUCGAAUAUAGUCAACUCGACACUGUUCUUCCAAUUCAAUCUUGGUUCA